AUGGCUGGGAGAACCGAUCGUGCUAUUGCUGAAGCAUUGGAAUCGCUUACUCAGGUGAUGGCUCAAAAUGCACAGAAUAAUCAGAAUGGGAGAGCACGAGGAGCUCCUGAUGAGUUUCGCGCUUUGGGAAAAUUUCAGAGGAAUAGUCCACCAACUUUCAAGGGUAGCCAUGACCCAGAAGGUGCACAGGCAUGGCUCAAAGUAAUUGAGAAGAUCUUCCGAGUGAUAACUUGCACUGAGGCUCAAAAGGUACAGUUUGGUACUCAUAUGCUGUCAGAGGAAGCUGAGGAUUGGUGGGAUAACACGCGCCAGAUAUUGGAAGCUAUCGAUACAGAGAUAACUUGGGUUGUGUUCAGAAAAGAAUUCAUGGAGAAGUAUUUCCCCGAGGACGUUCGUGGCAAAAGGGAGAUAGAGUUCCUUGAGCUAAAGCAGGGGAACAUGACUGUUGCAGAGUAUGCUGUGAUGUUUGUGGCGCUAGUGAAGUUUUGUCUCCAUUACAACCGUGUUGAUGCUUAG